CCCACUAUCACCCACAUCUUCACCCCCCACCCACCCUACUACCACAGCUCUUUCUACGCCCAGUAUAGCAUCUGGGCUGGCGUUGCUACGCUCCAGGCUGCACGAUGCUGAACGAGCGAGAUCCCAACACCAGCGGGCGCACCAGCAGGGCGUCGAACCUGUCUGCUGCAUCUCGAGCCACCUUCCGGCCAAAUGGCGGAGCUGACAAGCAGGACCACCUCGCCUCAGCCCCUGGCAUCAUGUCCAUGCUGCGUACGUCCACUGAGAUGGGCAACGUCGUCGGCCUCACCGGAGAUCUCUCUGGCUUGAGCAACGUGCCUCGAGGUCAGCGAGGUCGUGCUGGCACGAGCAGCAGGCUCUCCACAGCUUCGUCCGUGUCAGGUAACUCCAGUCGUGCAAGCAAGCACCAUCGGCAGUGGCCUUCGUCUUCCUCAGCGCCCAGACGGCCCUCCACGCGAGAGCCAGCUGGCCCGCAGUACGUUGCUGACACCCUCUCACCCACGGUGAUGGAUCUGCCAGGAUCGUCGCCCCUCAUUCCAACGCACCACCCGGGCAGCUACAACAACAGAGACAGCCAGCGGUCCUUCUCGAUGACCAACACCACCCAGCGGGCCUUCAGAUUGUCAAGCAAUCGGUCGCUUGGUAGCCUGCGCAGCCACGAGCUCAUUCAGCGUUCGAGGUCACCAUACAUUUACCCCACUAGACUCCGCCGUCCCUCAUACCGGCCAGCAUCACCUGCUUUGAGCGACGCCGCUAGCUCGCGUGCGCAACGCUUACGUAGCUAUGACAGCCAAGGGCAGGUCCAGCAUCAAGGACAGAUGCGGCUGAGGAUCCCCUCAGAUGCGAGCCUUGGAUAUCAGGACAGAGCGUCAGGCAUGCGCCGCGAUCACCCUUCCGCCUAUUACAAUGGACUCGAGGAGGACAUUCCUCCUGUUCCGCCGCUGGUCUACCCUGUCGCACCGCUCCGACGACCUAGUGCGAUCCAGAGUCCAUUCAAGGGAAAGUUCCGUCGUGGCUCGAUCAAGAAGCGCAACGAACCUGACACGUCUUCGUCUGACCAGCCCUUACCCCCGACCCCACGGAGUGGGUCGAUGGAGGUCAUGCUCAACACCCAAGUCCGUGUCGACACUGUCAGUGGCAGGGUUGUGAAAGAGACAGUCCCCAGUGUCCCACGCUACUAUGACUACAGCGAGCAGUUCGAGCGUGAACACCUCCUGGAGCCGGAGGUCAACCCCAUUCAGGCUGACUCCGUCAAGCAAGUUAGAACUGCACAGGAAGAACAUGGCUCCGCGCAGCCUACGACUCCAGCUCGUGGCACUUGGAACUCCGGUACCAUGCAGGUAUCGAAUGCCGCCGUUCCUGAUGUGGCAGAACUCCCUGCAUCUCCAGUCCCUCGGCGCAUCACUAGAGACAUGAUUCUUGAGGUACUUGAGGCGGCUUCGACCACGGUGGACGUCAGUGACUCUGGAGCUACCAUCGCCUGUGACAACGACGAGAGCCUACAGCAUGAAGGUGUGGCCCAUCGCCAUGUCUCGACACAGGCAAAGACUUCCGGACGUCAUGAUGGUUUGGAUAGGCGAUUCAGUGUUUUGUCUCAGGCUGAUUCCAGCGUCAUCAAUUCUUCCACGCUUGAUUUUGCUGUGAGAUGCUCGAUUCCCAUCGUCACUGGAGCUCAGGUAGGUUCUGGCGCACCACCCAUGCCUGACAAGGACUCGCCGUUGCCUCCAGAUACCGCGCCCAACACCGAUGUUGACAUGUCUGAUCUUCUGGCCGGCUAUCAACACACCGAUUCUAGGCAUGGAGAUGGAAGUGUUGCGAAGGAGGACACGCAGGAACCUGACAUCGAACCUGAGAAAGACCGCGUGGUUGAGAGUAGGAGCAGUCAUGCGCAGAAGUCAUCUGACCCUGAGUCGUUCAAGUCUGCGACGGAUGUUCUAGAAUCUGAGCCUUCCGAGAGUAGUCCAGCAAACGAUGACGAGGCGAAGUCCUAUAGGUCCGGUCCGGGACCAUCGAUCCAGGAUGCAGACGCACACUCGUUCAAGACCGCUCAAGACCUCACAACGCCUCGUCGAUCUGCAUCGAGGCCUGUAGCAAAAUCGUCAUCCGUUCGGCUUGUCGAAGUACUGACCCCGAGGCCCAUCUCUGAAGGACCGCUUUCGCCUCCGGCUCCCGCUGUACUCCGAAAGACGCGUGUUCCUCGCGAGUCAAGUUCUCUACUUGCAAAAUUUCGAGCAAGCUCCAAGCCAGGCAGCGCGGUGUCAAUCUUGGGGUCGUCGUCUCCUCUCAGCGGUUCUCAUCAGCCGCCUCCAGUACCACCCCGAGAGUCCAGCACUUCGAAAGAGGCUCAACGAUCGAUGAGUGUUGCGUCCUGGAUGCUAUUCAAGCGUUGGGGCAAGAGGACCAGUAAAGAGGAAGACCAGACGAAGACCAGCAACAGCUCUCGUGACACCUUGCGCCCUGUCGAAAGGGCACAUUCGUCACAGCAAUCUCUCGGUGAUACCAUCAAGACUCCAGAGAAGGCAUUGUUCAAGGAAACCCAUGUUCCCACGCGAGCUGAUCCACCCAAAGAUUGCGCCCCGUCACAAGUGCACAAUGUGGGUGUUACUGCUUCUUCACGUCAACUGUCAUUCAACAGCUCAGGACCCGUUCCUGCGGACCCUUCAUCUGUGUACUCUUCCAAGGAUAGCUCUUCUACGUCUCGUGUACAGUCUUCACCAGCCGGUGUCCCCAAGCCUGUGGACAACCGUCGAGACAGCCAGACGACUACGCAUCUUGCAUGGCAUGGCCGUAGAUCUCUCAACCUGAACAACCAGGCCGCGAGCAUCAGCGAGCCACACCUUCCGUUCCCGUCUUCGGGUGAUGACACCACCACCGAUCUGAGGUUGUCGCAGUACAGGUAUCCUGCGGGCCUCCACCAUCUCCCAGAUCUCAAAGAGGAGUCACACGAGGACUCGAGCUUGAACACGAGUGCCAGCAAUCUGAAGAACUCGAAUUUCCGAUUCCCCUUUGGCGUUCCUGGUGGCGUGCGCGCCUCGGUCGAUGAUGGAGCUCUUUUCUCGAGGAGGUCGUCAGCAGGCUCAUAUCGAAAGAGCGCUCUCGGCAGCAGCACCAUGAGCCAGCCACAUGAGCUGCCGCUGAUGCGCUUCAGCCGUAUGGACUUGUUCGAAAAGGUAGACGAGGUGGUGCGCCUGCGCAGCUCGCGUUCGCUGGCUCACGUGUCGGUGGAGGUGCCUGAGGUCCACGACGAUACGCCACCGCGGCCAGCGUCAGUAGGAGAAAUGCGAGAGAAGUACCGCAGCUUCUAUGACAAACUUGAUGGGCUGAACACGCCUCGAGGGGCCGUGCGUACAGAGAUGUCGCCCGAGUUGAUGGCGGAGAUCGAGCAAAUGACAGUGCCUUCGGUCAAUGGUCUUACAGAUCGCAUCACUGAGCUCCUACCGUCACUCAAGGGGUACUACAAGUCUGGCGAGGAAGGUCCGUUCGUUGCUGAGGAGAUGAUUAUGGAGCAUGCCAUGGAGGAUAUCCACGACGUCGGCGGCCCUGCACAGAAGCGCUCAUCUGCACGUCUGCGGCCAUUACCUGGAUCGCCGAACAUGAUGGUUAUGGACGACGCACUGUACGAUGAGCUCACGCACAAAGAAGGAGAAGGCGAUGUUGCAGUUGCCCAGGGCGAUGAGGGGGUCGGGCCUGCACAAGGUGAAUCUCGCGCUAGCGUGACCAAGACCAGCAGCUUAACACGCCCCAAAACUCACCCCGCCGAGCUCGAAACGCUCUCACCUACUCGCCUCCGGCCCCGUGCUACCACUGGUGGUCACCACGAUCUGCGAGCAUCCGUUGAUCUGGGCUUGACCACGAGGUCUCUGAGAUCGUUUGCGUCUACCCCAACCAAGACUGAUACGCGUCCCUGGAACUCUGACAAAAACUACCCUUGGGCAACAACAACAGUUCCCUCGGUCGACAUCUCACUCCCUCCGUCGAAGACGGUCAGGCAUUCACCGCGUCCUGGCCCCUCGCACCUUCGCAACAACGUCUCUGACACGUCUUCUGUAAGCACUUUUGUCGUUCUCACGCCAAUUCCCAGGCCUUGCGAGGUAGGUCUUGAGCCGAGUGAGGAUUUUCGACAGCUGGAGCGCUUCGAGCGGCUUGAGCGCACCCGUGGCCAGUAUCACGAACCUGGUGAACGCUACCCCACCUCAGCUUGUUCACCGCCUACUGCAAUCUUCCGCGACCACCUCUUGCUCUCUUACACGUCUGACGACGAACCAGAGCUACAGGUCACGCGCAGAAGCAGACUGAGGGAGCGUUUCUCUUCCGCCCGCAACGCUACGCUCGACAGCACUCGAGCAACAGACCAAUCCCCCACCUCUGCCCACCCUCUCGGGCUUCCUUCACCUGAAUCUGCUCGCCGCUCUGCACCUUCACUCCUCCAAGACACUGCAGGUGAAGCAAGCGCUUUUACCUCAAACCGCCACACUUUCAGCGACGCUCAGGGCAUGCCCAGUGUCGUUUAUCAUCGCAACCGACUCAUCGACCACCUAAAGCGCUGGUGGCACAAGGGAGGAGACCUGUUCAGGAAUCUGUCUCACCGCUCUACGUCGAAGACGCGCCGUUAAGAUGGACGCCACGUACUCUCACUACAAGUCGGCGGAGUUCGCGAGGGGACUCGAGAUGUCCUUCGCCUUUCUCAAGAAUCACAUGUUGAAGAGGGCGUGGCCAAGGAUGCGCUGCUGGGGCUGUCCCAACACCCCGGUCGGGCCCAUGAUCGAGCAUCCCUCCGUCAGCUGCCGCGCCCCUGACGAGGACUACUACAUCAGCAUGGAAGAGGGCUACUUUUUCUGAAGUGGGAUACGACACGGUGAUCAUCUGGCCGCCAGCGCUGCCACUAAUGGGCCAGCUAUGACUGGUCGCUGCUGGGCCUGGCGGCCAUAAUCGGGCAAUAUUGGAAAUCGGAUAUGGAAAAAAGUCAC